AUCUUCAUCCGGUUCAACUAAUCGAUGGGAAAAUAAAAGUCCAACUAAAUCUGGUCUUAAAAUUACCGAUUAUGUUCAGAGGAACCGAAUGAAUAUUUUGAAAGAUGUUAAUGUAACAGAGGAAAUCGAUGGCCAAUCGACCCUAACGACAACAACACCGAUCCCUGAACUUGACUUUUCCAUGGCUACUUUCAAUGCGACUUUCAAUAUAACAUCAAAUUCAAGUGCAUCUGAAUUUCAAUUGAAAAGUUUAGAUGAAGUUCUUGAACUGGCCGGACUUACCCGACUCGAUGUUAUCCCUUCGAGUGACCCUGGUAACUUUUUGAUCAAAACAAGGACAAAAACCGGUACAUGUCCAAAGUCUUCGACCAAGAAAAAAUCCAAAAAGUCAAGUAAAAAGUCGAAAAAAUCUUCGAAAAAAUCAAAGAAGUCAAAGAAAUCAAAGAAAUCGAAAAAAUCGAAGAAGAAGAAAAAGUCCAAGAAGAAGAAGAAAUCAUGUUGUUGCUGUUGUUAAAAUCGUAAUCAAUUAAAUGUUUACCUCUCGAA